GCCAUGUAAGGCGACUCUCCCGAGUCCCGAAAACACCCUAGCGACUAACGUCAACGAACGACUCCUCGUCCUCGACUUCCACCUUCCUUCUGCCCCCAUGCACAGAGUCGCCCUCAGGAAUACUAUGCGCGCAGCUGCGCUGGCCGCUCCCCGGAGCGCUGGCCGCGUCGCUCCCGCUGCUGUUUCUCGCUCGUAUGCAACGGCGAAGGCUGCUGCAUCUGAGGUGUCUUCAAUUCUCGAGUCCCGCAUAGCUGGCUCUUCUGUGGGCGCAAACGUCGAGGAGACCGGUCGCGUGCUGAGCGUCGGUGACGGUAUUGCACGUGUAUGGGGUCUGAAAAACGUCCAGGCUGAGGAGAUGGUGGAGUUCAGCUCCGGCGUCCGCGGCAUGUGUCUGAACUUGGAAGCCGACAACGUCGGUGUGUCCAUCUUCGGUAAUGACCGUGACAUCAAGGAGGGCGACACCGUGAAGCGUACCGGCCAGAUUGUCGAUGUCCCCGUCGGCCCCGAGCUCCUUGGCCGCGUCGUUGACGCUCUCGGUAACCCCAUCGACGGCAAGGGUCCCAUCAACACGUCGACCCGUAGCCGUGCCUCGCUCAAGGCCCCCGGCAUCCUGCCGCGUCGCUCGGUCAACCAGCCCAUGAUGACUGGUAUCAAGCCGAUCGACGCCAUGGUUCCUAUCGGUCGUGGCCAGCGUGAACUGAUCAUCGGUGACCGUCAGACUGGUAAGACAGCCGUCGCCAUCGACACUAUCCUCAACCAGAAGCGGUGGAACGAUGGCCAGGACGAGGAGAAGAAGCUCUACUGUGUCUACGUUGCUAUCGGCCAGAAGCGUUCCACCGUCGCCCAGCUCGUCCAGACCCUUGAGGAGAAUGACGCGAUGAAGUACACUAUCAUCGUUGCUGCCACCGCCUCGGAGGCUGCUCCUCUGCAGUACCUCGCUCCCUUCUCGGGUUGUGCUAUGGGUGAAUGGUUCCGUGACAACGGCAAGCACGCUCUGAUCAUCUACGACGACUUGUCCAAGCAGGCCGUCGCGUACCGUCAGAUGUCGCUGCUGCUGCGUCGUCCCCCCGGUCGUGAGGCUUACCCCGGUGAUGUCUUCUACCUGCACUCUCGUCUCCUCGAGCGUGCGGCCAAGAUGAACGAGAAGUUCGGUGGUGGAUCCCUCACUGCUCUGCCCAUCAUUGAGACCCAGGGUGGUGAUGUGUCCGCAUACAUUCCCACGAACGUCAUUUCUAUCACCGACGGCCAGAUCUUCUUGGAGGCUGAGCUCUUCUUCCGUGGUGUCCGCCCCGCCAUCAACGUCGGUCUCUCCGUGUCCCGUGUCGGUUCCGCUGCACAGACCAAGAUCAUGAAGAAGUUCGCCGGUUCGCUCAAGCUGUACCUUGCGCAAUACCGUGAAGUCGCGGCCUUCGCCCAGUUCGGUUCUGAUCUCGAUGCGUCGACUCGCUUCCUGCUCUCGCGUGGUGCUCGUCUGACUGAGCUGCUCAAGCAAGGCCAGUACCAGCCAAUGUCGAUGGAGAUUCAGGUCCCCAUCAUUUACGCUGGUGUCAACGGUCUGCUUGACGCCGUCCCCGUCGACAAGAUCACCAAGUGGGAGGCUGAGUUCCGUCAGCACCUUACCUCAGCACAGGGUGCGCUCCUCAAGGAGAUCGCCACCGGCCAGAUCACGCCCGACCUUGAGGCGAAGAUCAAGAAGGUCGUCGAGGACCACGUUGUGUCGUUCACAUCGUAGAGGACCAGUAGUACAACGCGCUGACCAGUAACAAAAUUUUAGUUUUGUCUUAUCCGUUCCUGCUUCUUUCAGUGUCGCAAUAAGAUAGGGCGGUGCUACAUUCGUCUAAUUCUGCAACACAGACCCGCCUUCGAGGCGGUUUCGUCCGUGCACGCUAAUCCAAAUUCAAACCACGGUCCUACCACAACCAAGUCGGAGAUUGUUUUUCCACCGAUGGGAUGUACAUGUGGUUCAACACCAGUGGUUGAAGCAUAAGUUAGCGGUUGAAA